GGCAUCGGUCACUCGCGAAAAGUACGCAAGGUACGCAUGGGUCUCUUGACAGCUGAGGCGCGCUAACCUCAAAUCGAGAAGCGCGAUGAAAUCCGUGAAGACGCAUAGAACGAGAAGGAAAUUACAGCAGCCUCCGUCAUCCUUCGCUGAUUACACGGAAGAAGCGACGGACGAGGAUGUAGGUAAGGACUUUCGUACUCUGAUAAGCGCGCCGUUCUCGAAGGGCGGGCACUUCGUCUUCAAGUCGGAGAAGACUUGGUCCGUCGACUCGUCGCAGUACUCGGAAUUCUUCACGUUGAAUCUGAAAGCCCUAUCAGCCGCAAUCAGUGGCAUUCCCUUCAACGAGUACGUCGGCGUCGAUGACAAAUACUUCACGAGCGACCAAUUAACAAGUAUCUGCAAUAACGCCGAGGAAGGAAAGGCGGCGUACGGCAUCAUUCUGAAUGAACUAGACACGUCGGGUUCAUCGAGUGUCUCGAAAACUGAUGCGAGCAGGGAUACGACGAGCGAUCAGUCGAAAAACUCGGAGCUCGCGGCAGGGACGAAAUCUCAAUCGGAAGACAGCAUCGAUAGUCUAGAGGAAGAUAUAGAUUUCCUGCUGUCCCUAAAGGAACCUGUGCAGAGUGGCGUAACGACAAUCACGCAACCUGUUCCUCUUUCCCAUAGCAACGAUUCUAAGCAGAAAUCAAAGAACGUGUCAAGUGAACCAGUUGACUUGGAGAAGUGGCUAGAUUUUGUCUUAAAUGAUUAAUAUUUUCCCCUUGGAAUAUAUUGAAAAAAUAGAAAGGAACCCGAAGGUGUGUUGCGUGCAUGUGUUUAGAACCAAAAGGUAAUGCAAAUGAUACAUUAACAUUAUUAAAACAAGACAUGUAAGAAAAAACAAUGUAUUUGGCACACUAAGCAUGUAAAGAACUAUGUCUUAAAUGAUUAUAAAAUUAUAUGAAUAUUUAUAU